GGGUUAUAUAAACAGUAACUUCUGUCUUUCAUACAGCAGUAGCAGACAGAGUUUCUUGACUGAUACAACCAUCGCAUUAUGAGGACCAAAUUAAUUUUUCUAGCUGGCUUUUCCCUGGCAUUGUGUCACUUUGGAGGGGCCUCCCAGCUUGCAUGCUACUUCACAAACUGGUCUCAGUACAGACCUGAUGUUGGCAAGUUCAUGCCAGAAAAUGUGGAUCCACGUCUGUGCACUCAUUUAAUUUAUGCUUUUUCCAUUAUUAAUAAGGCAAAUGAGUUGACCACUUUUGAAUGGAAUGAUGAAACUCUCUACAAAUCUUUCAAUGGACUAAAGGAAAAAAAUCCCAGCUUGAAAACUCUCUUGGCUGUCGGAGGAUGGAACUUUGGCACAGAACAGUUUAGUAUUGUGGUGUCCACAUCAGCAAACAGGCGGACGUUUAUUCAGUCCUCCAUCACAUUUCUGAGGAGACAUGGUUUUGAUGGUCUGGAUCUGGACUGGGAGUAUCCGGGUUCCCGUGGAAGUCCUCCAGAAGACAAGCAAAGGUUCACUCUGCUCUGUAAGGAGCUCUUGGAAGCUUUCGAGGCAGAGAGUGCUGCCACUGGACGCCCCAGACUCAUGCUCACUGCUGCAGUGGCUGCUGGGAAAGGAACCAUUGAUGCUGGUUAUGAAAUUGCAGAAAUCGCCAAGUAUUUGGACUUCAUUAAUGUGAUGACCUAUAACUUCCACGGCUCAUGGGAAAGUGUCACCGGGCACAACAGUCCUCUGUACCGUGGCUCUAGAGACACAGGAGACAACAUCUACUUCAAUACUGAUUUUGCAAUGAGAUACUGGAGAGAUCAGGGCGCUCCUGUGGAGAAGCUGAGGAUGGGCUUUGCAACAUAUGGAAGAACAUUGCGCCUGUCGUCAGGAACCAGUGGAGCUGGAGCUCCAGCCAGUGGUCCUGGAUCAGCUGGAAAAUACACCAGAGAGGCCGGAUUCUGGUCCUAUUAUGAGGUCUGUACUUUUCUUGAAGGAACCUCUGUGAAAUGGAUUGAUGAUCAGAAAGUUCCUUAUGCAACAAAAGGACAUGAAUGGGUGGGAUUCGAUAACAAGGAAAGCUUUGAGACUAAGGUGAACUACCUAAAGGAGAACAAGUUUGGAGGAGCUUUCGUCUGGGCUCUGGAUCUUGAUGACUUUACAGGACACUUCUGUAAGCAGGGAAAAUACCCUCUCAUUGGACAUCUCAGUACACUUCUAAAUAUAGGAUGGGCCUCCCAGCUUGCAUGCUACUUCACAAACUGGUCUCAGUACAGACCUGAUGUUGGCAAGUUCAUGCCAGAAAAUGUGGAUCCACGUCUGUGCACUCAUUUAAUUUAUGCUUUUUCCAUUAUUAAUAAGGCAAAUGAGUUGACCACUUUUGAAUGGAAUGAUGAAACUCUCUACAAAUCUUUCAAUGGACUAAAGGAAAAAAAUCCCAGCUUGAAAACUCUCUUGGCUGUCGGAGGAUGGAACUUUGGCACAGAACAGUUUAGUAUUGUGGUGUCCACAUCAGCAAACAGGCGGACGUUUAUUCAGUCCUCCAUCACAUUUCUGAGGAGACAUGGUUUUGAUGGUCUGGAUCUGGACUGGGAGUAUCCGGGUUCCCGUGGAAGUCCUCCAGAAGACAAGCAAAGGUUCACUCUGCUCUGUAAGGAGCUCUUGGAAGCUUUCGAGGCAGAGAGUGCUGCCACUGGACGCCCCAGACUCAUGCUCACUGCUGCAGUGGCUGCUGGGAAAGGAACCAUUGAUGCUGGUUAUGAAAUUGCAGAAAUCGCCAAGUAUUUGGACUUCAUUAAUGUGAUGACCUAUAACUUCCACGGCUCAUGGGAAAGUGUCACCGGGCACAACAGUCCUCUGUACCGUGGCUCUAGAGACACAGGAGACAACAUCUACUUCAAUACUGAUUUUGCAAUGAGAUACUGGAGAGAUCAGGGCGCUCCUGUGGAGAAGCUGAGGAUGGGCUUUGCAACAUAUGGAAGAACAUUGCGCCUGUCGUCAGGAACCAGUGGAGCUGGAGCUCCAGCCAGUGGUCCUGGAUCAGCUGGAAAAUACACCAAAGAGGCCGGAUUCUGGUCCUAUUAUGAGGUCUGUACUUUUCUUGAAGGAACCUCUGUGAAAUGGAUUGAUGAUCAGAAAGUUCCUUAUGCAACAAAAGGACAUGAAUGGGUGGGAUUCGAUAACAAGGAAAGCUUUGAGACUAAGGUGAACUACCUAAAGGAGAACAAGUUUGGAGGAGCUUUCGUCUGGGCUCUGGAUCUUGAUGACUUUACAGGACACUUCUGUAAGCAGGGAAAAUACCCUCUCAUUGGACAUCUCAGUACACUUCUAAAUAUAGAUUUCCCACCUGUCUCUCCAAGUACAACACAUGAGCCUGGAAAGACCACAACAACAGCAUCCACUGCUGUGUCUCAUGCCACAAGACCUCGUGUUGUCCCGACAGCUCCCUCAGAGUUCUGUGUUUCCAAAACCGACGGGUUAUACGUGAACCCAGAUGACCCUAAAACCUUCAUUCAGUGUUCUAAUGGCAGGGCCUUUGUAAUGCCUUGUCCUGAUGGGACGGUCUACAAUCUUGACUGCUUGUGCUGUGACUAGCCUAAGAAUUAAUCAGUGUUCCACUUCUGCAAAGAAAAUGUGUGGAAUUUUGCCGGUAUUGUUUUACUGUUUAUUGCAAGUAGUGGCAAAAAAAAAAGUCACUUUACUUAAGUAAAGUUCAUUUCGUCAAAUUUAACAGACACCCAAUGAUUUAAUACUACUUUCUUAAAAUUAUAUGCUACAUUUUGUUGUCUUAAGAAUGGAGCGCAGUCGGUCUAAUUUGUCUGAAUAAAACUAACCUCAUUAAGCAUUAAUUGCUUAACUGCAUUUUUUUAAAUUUACUUUUAAAGUGGCACUGCAUUAGUAACCUUGUGAAAUUUUUUUAACAUUUUAUAUACAGUGGGGCAAAAAAGUAUUUAGUCAGCCACCAAUUGUGCAAGUUCUCCCACUUAAAAAGAUGAGAGAGGCCUGUAAUUUUCAUCAUAGGUAUACCUCAACUAUGAGAGACAAAAUGAGGAAAAAAAAAAUCCAGAAAAUCACAUUGUAGGAUUUUUAAAGAAUUAAUUGGUAAAUUCCUCUGUAAAAUAAGUAUUUGGUCACCUACAAACAAGCAAGAUUUCUGGCUCUCACAGACCUGUAACUUCUUCUUUAAGAGGCUCCUCUGUCCUCCACUCGUUACCUGUAUUAAUGGCAUCUGUUUGAACUCGUUAUCAGUAUAAAAGAGACCUGUCCACAACCUCAAACAGUCCAACUCCAAACUCCACCAUGGUCAAGACCAAAGAGCUGUCAAAGGACACCAGAAACAAAAUUGUAGACCUGCACCAGGCUGGGAAGACUGAAUCUGCAAUAGGUAAGCAACUUGGUGUGAAGAAAUCAACUGUGGGAGCAAUUAUUAGAACAUGGAAGACAUACAAGACCACUGAUAAUCUCCCUCGAUCUGGGGCUCCACGCAAGAUCUCACCCCGUGGGGUCAAAAUGAUCACAAGAACUGUGAGCAAAAAUCCCAGAACCACACGGGGGGACCUAGUGAAUGACCUGCAGAGAGCUGGGACCAAAGUAACAAAGGCUACCAUCAGUAACACACUGCGCCGCCAGGGACUCAAAUCCUGCAGUGCCAGACGUGUCCCCCUGCUUAAGCCAGUACAUGUCCGGCCCGUCUGAAGUUUGCUAGAGAGCAUUUGGAUGAUCCAGAAGAGGUUUGGGAGAAUCAGAUGAAACCAAAAUAAAACUUUUUGGUAAAAACUCAACUUGUUGUGUUUGGAGGAGAAAGAAUGCUGAGUUGCAUCCAAAAAACACCAUACCUACUGUGAAGCAUGGGGGUGGAAACAUCAUGCUUUGGGGCUGUUUUUCUGCAAAGGGACCAGGACGACUGAUCCGUGUAAACGAAAGAAUGAACGGGGCCAUGUAUCGUGAGAUUUUGAGUGAAAACCUCCUUCCAUCAGCAAGGGCAUUGAAGAUGAAACGUGGCUGGGUCUUUCAGCAUGACAAUGAUCCCAAACACACCGCCCGGGCAACGAAGGAGUGGCUUCGUAAGAAGCAUUUCAAGGUCCUGGAGUGGCCUAGCCAGUCUCCAGAUCUCAACCCCAUCGAAAAUCUUUGGAAGUUCGUGUUGCCCAGCGACAGCCCCAAAACAUUACUGCUCUAGAGGAGAUCUGUAUGGAGGAAUGGGCCAAAAUGCCAGCAACAGUGUGUGAAAACCUUGUGAAGACUUACAGAAAACGUUUGACCUCUGUCAUUGCCAACAAAGGGUUAUUAACAAAGUGGGUAUAUAACAAAGUAUUGAGAUGAAAUUUUGUUAUUGACCAAAUACUUAUUUUCCACCAUAAUUUGCAAAUAAAUUCUUUAAAAAUCCUACAAUGUGAUUUUCUGGAUUUUUUUUUCUCAUUUU